CGAUAUGACGUCAUUCUACCAGUCACCUGACGAGAGGAGUAGCCUGUGCCUGUCUCCACAGUUUGGUGAUUGUUGUGGAUUCAGUGUUUGAUAUUGUGGCUGGUUUUGUGAGAAGAAUAUUAGCACAGAGUACUGUAAAUAUGGGGAACUUAUUUCGGAGCGAAGAAAUGACAUUAUGCCAGCUGUUCUUACAGAGUGAAGCUGCAUAUGCAUGUGUAUCAGAAUUAGGGGAACUUGGGCUUGUACAAUUUCGAGAUCUGAAUCCUGAUGUGAACGCUUUCCAACGGAAAUUUGUAAAUGAAGUCCGUCGGUGUGAUGAGAUGGAACGCAAGCUCCGUUAUUUGGAGAAAGAAAUCAAGAAAGAUGGGAUACCGAUGCUGGACACGGGUGAAAAUCCUGAAGCACCUCAACCUCGUGAGAUGAUAGAUCUCGAGGCUACCUUUGAAAAAUUGGAGAAUGAGUUGCGUGAAGUGAAUCAGAAUGCUGAAGCCCUGAAAAGAAACUUCUUGGAGUUAACAGAGUUGAAACACAUUCUGAGAAAGACUCAAGUUUUCUUUGACGAGGCUGAAUAUGGCUGCUACCCGACAUACUACUCCUCCUCGCAGAUGGCGGAUCCCAGCCGAGAGGAGGAACAGGUGACUCUUCUAGGAGAGGAGGGGCUAAGAGCAGGUGGACAGGCCCUGAAACUGGGGUUUGUAGCAGGUGUGAUCUUGAGGGAAAGAAUUCCUGCAUUCGAACGCAUGCUGUGGCGAGCCUGUCGUGGCAAUGUAUUUCUGCGUCAGGCAGAGAUUGAAACUCCUCUUGAAGAUCCUUCUAGUGGGGAUAACGUCUUCAAGUCCGUAUUCAUCAUAUUCUUCCAAGGAGAUCAACUCAAGACUCGGGUAAAGAAAAUCUGUGAAGGUUUUCGAGCCACCCUUUAUCCCUGUCCGGAAGCCCCAGCUGAUCGCAGAGAGAUGGCCAUGGGUGUCAUGACACGUCUGGAGGAUUUGAACACUGUUCUGGGUCAAACUCAGGACCAUCGACAUCGAGUCCUGGUUGCUGCUGCAAAAAACAUCAAGAACUGGUUUGUGAAGGUGCGCAAGAUCAAAGCCAUUUAUCACACGCUGAACCUGUUCAACCUAGAUGUGACCCAGAAGUGUCUGAUUGCGGAAUGUUGGGUGCCUGUUCUGGACUUGGAGACCAUUCAGCUUGCUCUAAGGAGGGGAACCGAACGGAGUGGAAGUUCAGUACCUCCGAUUUUGAACAGAAUGGAAUCAUUCGAGGAUCCUCCAACAUACAAUCGGACCAACAAGUUCACUUACGGUUUCCAAGUGCUGAUUGAUGCAUAUGGUGUUGCAACUUACAGAGAGGUGAAUCCAGCUCCAUACACUAUCAUCACAUUCCCGUUUCUGUUUGCCAUAAUGUUUGGUGAUCUGGGACAUGGAUUGCUUAUGGCACUGUUUGCUGGUUGGAUGGUUCUUCGUGAGAAACCUCUGGCAGCAAAGAAAUCUGACAGUGAGAUCUGGAACAUAUUCUUCGGAGGCCGUUACGUAAUCCUACUUAUGGGCCUGUUUUCCAUGUAUACUGGCUUUGUGUACAAUGAUAUAUUUUCAAAGUCCCUCAACAUAUUUGGUUCUUAUUGGACUGUCAAUUACAAUAAGUCAACUGUUGUAACAAACAAGGAUCUGCAGUUGAAUCCUAGCACCGAUGACUAUUAUCAGCAUCCAUAUCCAAUUGGACUGGAUCCUGUAUGGCAGGUAGCAGAAAAUAAAAUAAUUUUUAUGAAUGCUUAUAAGAUGAAGAUUUCCAUCAUCGUUGGAGUUUUCCACAUGUUGUUUGGGGUGUGCCUCAGUCUUUGGAACUAUAUGUACUUCCGGAAGCGCAUCAGCAUUUUCUGCGAGUUUAUCCCCCAGAUGAUUUUCUUGUGUUUCUUGUUCCUCUACAUGGUGAUCCUCAUGUUUAUCAAGUGGACUUGUUAUGGACCAAAAACUGAUGAUGUAAAGACAAGUCCAUACUGUGCUCCAUCAAUCCUGAUAACUUUCAUUAAUAUGGUGCUGUUCAAUGAAAACAGUGCCCCAGAAGUAUGUGAUCAGUACAUGUACAGUGGGCAGCGGCCAUUCCAGAUGCUGCUUGUGGUGAUAGCCCUUCUGUGCAUACCAUGGAUGCUGUUUGCCAAACCAAUGCUCACCAUAAGAAAUCAGCGCAGAAUGCAUGUUCUAUUGAAUAGCAACCACCAAAAUCAUGCCGUGGGCUCCGAGAAUGGAGAUGCUGAGGCUGCAUUGGCUCAGGGUCAGAUUCCUCCUCCACUGCCACCACACAAGGAAGAGGAGGAACUUCCUAUUGGAGAAAUCCUUAUUCACCAGGGUAUCCAUACGAUAGAGUACGUGCUGGGAUCUGUAUCGCACACAGCCUCGUACCUCCGGCUCUGGGCGUUGUCACUUGCACAUGCUCAGUUGUCCGAGGUACUGUGGAACAUGGUGCUCCGUAACGGGCUGAUGUUUGAAGGCUGGGUUGGAGGAAUCGCUCUUUGGAUCACGUUUGCUAUAUGGUCUACCCUGACUGUCGCCAUCUUGGUUCUUAUGGAAGGCCUGUCUGCCUUCCUCCACACUCUGCGACUACAUUGGGUGGAGUUUCAGAGCAAGUUUUACCAAGGCAUGGGCUAUGACUUUCAGCCGUUCUCAUUUGAAGCAAUCUUAGAUUCUGCUGCCCAAGCCCCUGAAGAAUAGAUAUAAAUGUUGAAUGAAAUAGUUGUCUGUAUAGUAGACCAGUUGUGGAGAUGUGUAGUAGAUGUACUGAUACUGUCUCUGAUUAGUGUAGUUUAUUGUGAUUUCUAGUUGUAAAAAUCAAUCAUUUCAAUUUAUUGAGGAGAAAGAAAAAGGAAUUUUGUAUUUGUAGUAGACUCGAUACUUUCUGGAAUUGAUGAUGAGCAAAAUAAGAAUGAUCAGAAGAUUUGUACAGUGUAAUCCCCAUCUAAGGAUUCAGACACUAAACUGAGGAAAACCUUAAGUGGAGUGAAUUUAACUUCGGAAUUAUUGGCUUAAGAUAACUUUAUGUUGGAAUGUCUUAGGAUUAAAAAUAAGAUGUGUGUGGUCUAUCAGUACUUUGGUGGAGAAGUAAAAGAGUUUUCUGGAUAUUUUCAAUCGUCUAAUAAAUAAAAUCAUAAAAUCCGGGACGUUUCGAAGAUGGGACUCUAUCUCCGUCUUCAGGUAGGCCUACUCAGUCGGGCCCAAUCGAUAGAGCUAAUUCCUAUCUCCGGACGACGGAGAGAGAGCGAAAUGAAGGAAAACCUUAGAUCAAGAAACCUAGAAUUGGGACUUCACUGUACUGGGUGUCGUAGUGUCUGACUGGACCAUUCACUGUUUAACUUAAAACAUUGUUUUAAUAGUGAACGCAAAUGUUGUCAGAUAUUUUUGCUGUUACAUAAUCAUCUUAAAACCGGUGGGUUUAAUCUGUUGGUAGACCUGGCAGUGUUUUUGAAGCUGUAACCCAACGCAAGCAUUCUGAUCAACCCUCAUAUGUGGUGCUCUCGAGUCAUGUGACUGCAAGACGACCUUUGUUCUUCACUGCUUUUUCCCUAUCCUCUUCUUCCGUAUGUCAAGGAAGUGUCUGAAGUAAGUUUAAAGUACUUAACAUCACAGCAUUAAUUUAAUGAGUCGAGAAACGGGAAGAGGGACGUCUUGUCGUAAGAAGCCGGAUUGGACUGGAAAAGGCAGGUCGACUAGUAACCCUUCAUGACAUAGAAUGACUACAAGGUGAUAGAUCUGAUAAGGCUAUUUAGUAUUAGUUGACUUUCGUAACAUUGUUACCAUGCAUUUGUGUGUAUAUAUAAAUGAAGUUGUAAUCAAUACUCGUUAUGUGAAUACCGUCUACUACCAGAUUGUAUUUAUACUUACAGAUGGAAUAAGAUAUUUAUAAAUACAGGGCAGGCUUUGUUAUAGGCUGCCGGUUAACUCUUUAUCGCCAGUGUACGGGAUUCAAACAUUUGACUGGAGUGGGACAGUGUGAUUAAGCGAGCAGCACUCCACGUGACGGAUACAAAGAAUAAAUGUAUAAAAAUGUAAUUCCAUUGUAUUUAAACAUGUUUGUAUUAUAAAUGUCUUAUCUGGAUCAAAUUAAAAAUUAAGUAAUAGUGUAAUUUAUAGCGUUAAUCAUA